GGGACAGCACAUUCUCCUGUACCGAGGUACUCUUGUCCGCCGUACGAGUUCCGCAACCAUGAACUUGGAAUUGACGAGGAUAGUUCUACAGCUUCACACUACUGUCUCCAGCCUCUUUGCUUUGUGAGACUGUAUGAUGCGCGGCAGGUGACACCGGUCCUACUACCACCAUGGGUCAAGACAUGGAUUUCAUGGACAAGUUCAUUACUGCCCACCAUGUCCCCGAAGAAGCCCGUAAACAUUUCGCUUCGGUCGACUUUACCAACAAGUACCUCUCCAAUCCUCUCUACCAAGCCAUACCUACCUACUCCCGCGUCCUCAAAGAUGACGGUGAAGAUUAUUUCUUCUCUCGGACGGUUGCCACUCCCACCACGAUCCCGUACUUGGUCACACUGCAAUUGAAAGACUUUCCCUUUGCCCAAGACAGUCCCAAGGGCACAUUGAAGAUAGGACAAGGUCAUAAACAAGUCGUGAAAGUCCCAGAGAAUCCCGACUGCAUUAUGCUGCUGCGGUUGGGCCGCCCCGGUAUUGACGGUCAUCCGGCCACUAUCCAUGGAGGGGUUGCCUGCGCCAUUCUCGACGAGAUGAUGGGUCUAUGUGUGAUGCUUCACCACCAACAUCUUGUUGGAGCCAGAGAGUCUCUUUACACAGCCGGACUCAAUGUCACUUACCGUGCUCCUGUACCGACGCCAAACGACGUAAUCGUCAAAUGCUGGCUGGUAGGAAGAGAAGGUCGCAAGUGGCAGUCCAGAGGUCAAAUCGUGAAUCAGGACGGGCUUGUCAUGACUGAAGCAGAGGGAUUAUGGGUUCUGGCCAACAACCCAGUCAAGUUAUAACAUCGCACGACAAAAAGAAUGCGGUGGAAAAUGGUCACAAUCAGAGUCAAUCCCGCUUAUAUUCUCUAGGAAGAAGCUACCGGCCUCGUCCUUGAAGCCGACCUUCACCCUCAUCCCGGUACAGCCGGCAAAGGAAAUUAUGGGACCAUGUGGACCCGACCUGUUCUUAUUAAACGAAAGCAUGCACCGGGCAACGAGUGGGAUGGUCUGAUCUCUACCACGGAUGAAACGGGUCAAGAAGGUCCAUAUCUCGGCUCUCCACCGUCGAAGCAUGUUCGCCGUUGCCGUGAUGAUAGAAGCUCUGAAAAGUUUGGUGAAAGACAGCGAUCAUAGAAGAAUACAACAUAGCUAGACUCCCGAAAAGUGUGUGAAGCAUGUAUUGCAGCAUAGAGCCUGGAACCCUCGAUGCCAGAAGCCACUUACUCUUUCUGGGAGGCUUUCUACAUCUCCAGGUCAAAGCAGGCAAUCCGCCAAAGUCAUCUAAUGCUUCAGAAAUAAAAGAAGAAUCCGGACCCUGUUUGACACAGCAAGUAUUUAAAAUACUCGAACAUCAUUUAGAACAUUACUACGUAACGAGUCAUCAU